UAAAAAUAAUAUUGCUAAAGUUUCUCACCAGUUUCUUCUCUCUUACACGGAUUUGAAAAUUCGAACUCUUUAAUCCCUCUUUUUGUUUGCUANUCAAUCUUUUUUUUUUUUUUUUUUUUAACUUACUCGGAACCUCUCAAUCUGCUUCUUCUCUGCAAAUUUCCAGGUUUCUAGAAUUAGGAUUUCCCCUAAAUCCUUUCUAUGGCUGCUAAGAAAUCUAGCUUGAACCCUUUUGAUGAUGAUACUGAUACUGAUGAUGAAGAGGUUGAGAAAAGAGUCACUUCAUCAUCGUUGAAUGCAAAGAACCGUUACAGUAAUGAUUCAGGAGGAGGAAAUGUGGAGAAGGAGAACCAGACGGUUCAGGAACUUGAGAGCUACGCUUUGUACAAGUCUCAGGAAACUACUAAAACCGUACAAGGGUGUUUGAAAGUAGCUCAAGAGAUUAGAUCUGAUGCUUCUAGGACUUUAGUCAUGUUGAAUGAGCAAGGCGAACAGAUUACCAGAACUCACCACAAGGCGGUUGACAUCGAUCAUGAUCUUAGUCGGGGUGAGAAGCUUCUUGGAAGCCUUGGAGGCAUUUUUUCAAGGACUUGGAAGCCCAAGAAGACUCGUUCGAUUACUGGUCCUGUCAUAACUAAAGGUGAUUCCCCCAAGAGAAGAGUUAACCACUUUGAGACUAGGGAAAAGCUGGGACUGAACCAUUUACCCAAACAACAAUCAAGAACCCGUGAACCUCUUCCUGAAUCAGCUGAUGCUUAUCAGAAACUAGAGAUGGAGACAGCAAAACAAGAUGAAGGCCUUUCAGAUUUGAGCGACCUUCUUGGCGAGCUGAAGAAUAUGGCAGUUGACAUGGGAACUGAAAUCGAAAGGCAAAACCAUGGACUGGAUCAUCUUCAAGAAGAUGUUGAGGAGCUUAACUACAGAGUCAAACAAUCGAACCAACGGGCUCGCCGUUUACUCCGCAAGUAAAACUAGUCAGAACUCUGUUCAUAACCAAGCUCGUCAGGCUCCUCCAUUCUUCUAACAUAGAUUUCAAUAUUUUACUUCUCAUCUUAAUGAGGUUGAAACAUUUAACAGUUCUGCAGAAUAAAGUAACAAGCAAAGACAGUAGUUGAAACAUUUGAUUUCAAAGCUUCAAUUUAAAUUAGGGAGCAA